AUGGCUGCCCAGAGAGUGGCCGUCAUCGGUGCCGGCGCCUCCGGCCUGUGCGCCCUGAAAUGCUGCCUGGAUGAGGGGCUGGAGCCCACCUGCUUCGAGAGGAGCGGGGACAUCGGGGGGCUGUGGCGCUUCGAGGAGCAGCCCGAGGAGGGCCGCGCCAGCAUCUACCGCUCCGUCAUCAUCAACACCUCCAAGGAGAUGAUGUGCUUCAGCGACUUCCCCAUCCCCGACGACUUCCCCAACUACAUGCACCACUCCAAGAUCAUGGAGUACUUCCGCAUGUACGCCCGGCGCUUCGACCUGCUGCGGCACAUCCGCUUCAGGACCAGCGUGUGCCGCGUGUCCAAGCGCCCCGACUUUGCCACCACGGGCCGCUGGGAGGUGGUGACCGAGAGCGAGGGCAAGCAGGAGUCGGCCGUCUUCGACGCCGUGCUGGUGUGCACCGGGCACCACACCGACGCGCACCUCCCGCUGCACGCCUUCCCCGGGCUGGAGAGUUUUGAGGGCUGGUACUUGCACAGCCGGGACUACAAGAGCCCAUGGGCCUUCACGGGGAAGCAGGUCGUCGUGGUCGGCACUGGGAAUUCGGGCAUCGAUAUCGCGGUGGAGCUGAGCCACACAGCCAAGCAGGUCUUCCUCAGCACCAAGCGCGGGGCCUGGGUGAUGCACCGGGUGGCAGAAGGUGGGUACCCCUUCGACUUCUCCUACCUCAGCCGCUUCAUCCAGCUCCUCCAGAGCCUGCUGCCCCUCUCUGUGAGCAACUUUGUGCUAGAGAGGAAGCUCAACGCCCGCUUUGACCACGCGCUCUACGGUCUGCAGCCCCAGCACCGGGUCCUCAGUCAGCACGCGACCAUCAACGACGACCUGCCCAACCGCAUCAUUUCGGGCAGGGUGCGGGUGAAGCCAAUCAUUCAGGAGUUCACGGAGACAUCUGCCAUCUUUGAGGAUGGCACCAGGGAAGACAUUGAUGCCGUGGUCUUUGCCACGGGGUACAGCUUCUCCUUCCCCUUCCUCGAGGACUGUGUGAAGGUGGUGGAGAACCAGGCCUCUCUCUACAAAUUCAUGUUCCCUGUUGACCUGGAGAAACCGACGCUGACUUUCAUCGGCUUCAUCCAGCCCCUGGGAGCCAUCAUGCCCAUCUCGGAGCUCCAGUGUCGCUGGGCCACCCACAUCUUCAAGGGGCUGCAGGAGCUGCCUCCAACCAGCACCAUGCUGGCUGACAUUGCACAAACCAAGGAGAAGAUGGCCAAGCGGUACGUGGCGAGCCGGCGGCACACCAUCCAGGUGGAUUACAUCCCCUACAUGGACGAGCUCGCCUGCCAGCUGGGCGUCAAGCCCAACCUGCCCCUGCUCUUCCUCACCGACCCCCCGCUGGCGCUGGAGGUGCUGCUGGGGCCCUGCACGCCCUACCAGUACCGCCUGCGGGGCCCGGGAGCGUGGCAGGGCGCCCGCGCGGCCAUCCUGACCCAGCGGCAGCGCGUCGUCCAGCCCCUGCGCGGCGCGGCCGGGCGCAAGGUGCCGCGCUCCAGCUUGGUGCCGCACGUCCUCAAGGUGUUCUUCAGCGUCGGUUUGAUUGCAGCCACGCUCGCCUAUGUCUUGCUCUCCCCUUAA